AUGGACAGUGAUUUAGAACUCCAAAGGUCACGUAGUGAACCGAACGGGCUUUCUAUUUUCUCCCCUGAUACACUGAAAGAUCCCUUCUCAACUGCCUCCUCAGCGGCUUCCCUUAUUCAUGUUCCAUCUCGUCUACCUUUCCCGAACGGAAAAUUAAAUCAUUGUAGUCUCUCUGUCGAUCACUUUGGUACCAAAUGGCAAUGUCUGAAAUCGAUGAAUGUACUUCGUCGCUCUCAGCUUUCACUAUCCUUAAAUAAAUCAUCUUCAUCAUCGUCUUCCUCUUCCAUUGAUGAUAAUGGUUGCCUCCAGGACUCUGACAAUCUUCAAUACUCACGAUUUGAUGACAGUCCUUCAAGAAUAGAAUCUUCUCCAAGUCACCUCUAUCUCGAGCGAAUGAUGCUCACGUCAAUCCCAAGGAGAAAGGAGUUCUCCGAACAGUUUCGAGACCUCGCUCAACUCCACGAAAACUCUGAGAUCCCGCGAGCCAAGUGGGAUGAUGCUUCUCGGCUAUUUCCCAAACAGUUCGGUCUUCCGCCUUCAAUUGCCAUCAGCAUUUGGUAA